AUGAACAGUCACAACAAUGGAAGGAAUUGGGCUUUGGAGUUCUUUCCACGUCUUGCCCAGCAAGGCUACGUCCUUUUUGCCGUGGACCUAAUGGGCCAUGGGUAUAGCGAGGGAGAACGUGCACUCGUGGAGGACUGGGAUGACGUCUUCGAGGACGUGGCAUCCGUUGCCGAGGCGAUCUACGGCGUUGGAAGCCGGCCUGCUGGUCCCGAGGACUUCCACGCUGGCGUCUGCGCCGAGGUCCUUCAUCGCGUUCGACAGCUACCUUUGUUCCUACAUGGACAAAGCUUGGGUGGGAUGAUCUGCGUCGAAGUUGGCCUGCGUUUGCAACAAAGCCAGAAGCUCGCGGGCAUUUUCAGAGGCGCUCUUCUGGCGGCUCCAGCUCUCCAGGUGCCUCUGCCUCCUCAGGCGGUGAUCAGCUUUCUGAGAUGGUGUGUAGUCCCAUGCUGCUCCCGACAGCCCAUGCCAGAAGCCGUCAGUUCGAGCAGCAAGGUUCACCUUGGUGCGAAUUUCGAUUUAAGUGAUCCAAAUCAAAAAUACAUGGCCGAAAUGGAGGUCCUGGAUUGUGCCCAUCGUUUUCCAGAGAAAGGCCUUGGCUGGUUCUACAAGAUGCGCUGGGGAACUGCGUCCGCUUAUUCUACAAUCUUCUCUCGCAUUGAGGAGGACAUGGCAGAGGUGGAGUUUCCGUUCAUGAUCGUCCACGAUCCAAAGGACAGCGUUUGCAUGGUGCAAGGGUCCGAGAAGCUGAUGGAGCUGAGCCCUUGCAAAGACAAGGUCUUCCAUCAAGUCGACGCAGGCGGACUUCACGUGCUUACCUUUGUCAUCCAGGAAGAGUACGCGGAAAGCUUAAUGAUCGUCUUCGCAGAGAAGUCUAUGGUGCUUGACACCGUUGGGCAGUGGAGGCAGUUGAGGCGGUUCACGCCCCCCAGUGCUGCCUUGGAGGCAUCAUUCGAUGAUGCUCGACACGAGGUCGAGCGGCAGACCCGGCGUCGAGUUGCUGCGGAGCGCGCGGCGGCCACGCUGCGCACCGAGCUUGGUCACCUGAAGGCGACACUGGUUGCGAUGGAGGCUGAACGUGAAGGCUGGCAGCUUCGGGAGGACCGUUGCCGGCGGCUUUGCGAUGAGUCGGUCGCAGCAGCAGAGGCGCGAGCGGAGCACCAUGCCGCCGAGGCUUUCCAGGCACAGGAUGAUCUGCGACGCUGCCGUCAGGAUUUGGGAGAGCUGCGGCAUGAUUUGAAGAAGUCGUCUUCCCACAGCAGUCCUGCUCGCGUUCGAGCCGUGGAGGGCAACGACAUCGAAACAGAGGUCUUGGCCUUGUGUCAGCGGCUAGAGGAGGCCCAGCCUCAAAAUGGUGCAUCGGAAUGCCACAACCACUUCUCAGCUAAGUUCAUGAUUACUUGUGCUUGGCAGGCAGGAAGCUUCCCAUUCAUCCGCCGGGAAGCUGGCUGCUUCGAAGAUCAGCAUGCAUGCAACUGGGUGUUUGACAGGUUCCUGGUCCCAUCAGUGACCCGCUUGAUGGGAGAAGCUUUCGAUGAGUGGCACGCCGUUGGUGGCAACGAAGGCAAGCACCUCACCAGCUUCCAAGGCCAGCCACAUGCUGCGUUGCCACCCGGUGGGGCUGCAAGUCCAGGGCUGCAGCGGUGCUACAGCACCGGCAGCCUGCAGCAAUCAACUCACUCGCACACGCCGUCGCAGGCCACGCCAUGUGCCACGCCACCAGCAGUUCGCUUCUACUCAGGAGUGAUCCGGAAUGGUGAGACGGUGCCAAUGGCCACGCUGCGGUCUGCAACGCUGCCACAGGCAUGUGGAUAUCCCCAAGCCUGUGUGCCAAUGAUGGUCAAACAUCACUCUACCGCUUCACUCAGGAGUCACCACUCUGCAGAGAGGGCAAGCAUUACAAACAUUACAAACAUUACAAACAUGACACAAGCGUCACAAGCAGCGACUCCCACGUCCAAGGACGCCAGUCCAAAGCGGGGAUCGCCAAGGGGACAAAGUCAAUAUGCCUCAAGGAACAGCCUGGCCAAGUCAGAGGAAGAGACGUGCACGUCUCCUAGGUCUGCCCGUUCCAUGCGUUCACAAUCACAACGCUCACAGCGCUCGAGAAGCUUCAGCCCAAAGCAUGCAGAGGCAUGUGGCGCUAGAGCAAGGGGUCGUCACAACACCGGGACAAGAGAGGCCAUGUUGGGACACAUGGGCGAGGUGGAUGGGCAAGAUGAGGAAGAAGCUCCCUGGGAGGUGCCUUAUGCAGCACGCACUGGCAGCCAGUCACCCCGUGCGGCCACCCCACAGGUUGCCCGAUCCGACUCUCAGAAGCGGCGCUACCAAAAUCUCUACGAAGAUCAUGAGAUGCGCAAGAUGAAGUGGCAAGCCAAAUUGGAAGAGAAGAAGCGGAAAGAGGAGGAGGAUCUUCAGAGAAGCAUUGCGAACACUUGCAGUCCCCGGCAUUUCAAUCAAGAGGAGUUUCAAAGUUGGUAUGCCGAAAGCAUGAGCAAGCAGCAGAGCUUCGAAGCCACUCGCCUCGAGAAGCGCCGGUCCGAGGCGCGGCUGCGCGCUUUCCAGGAGCUCUCUGAGUGUACCUUUACACCCAUGGCGCCAGCGUCGAAGGUAACCCGCGGGCCCAAGCAGCGAUCAGGCAGUGUUCCCAUGGAGAGCAGGCCUGUGGUACACGAAGGCGACCAGCAGGCCACGGCAGAUGAGCUCGUUGCGGCGCAGGUCACCCAAAUCGAAGCUCUUCGCCAGCUGGACAAGAAGGAAAAGGAGAUGCGAGAAUCUACACAGCGCGUGUUCAAGGAUUUCCUGGAGAGAUCGCUCGAGGAGGGCCGGCGAAAGCUGAAGCUCUUCGAGCAAACUCCCGAAGGCCGUGAAUACCUCGCGAGCCGGGCCAAGAGCUACGUGGAGUUGAACCGCAGCAUGAGCCACUCUGCAGCUUUGACAGAGGCUCGGGGAGAUCUUCAGCGCGCAAGUGAGGCAAAGCUUCACUCGCACGCCGCGCAGUUGCGGCAGCAACGCGCACAGAAGGAUGCGCAGCAGAUUCAGCUGGCUAGAUUGAAGAUUGCCUGGGAGCUGAUCCAGUUGCAGCGACGGUACACGCAGAUGGAGAAAGCUCUGCCCAGAUCGAUGUUGCUUGGCUUUGACGAGAAGCUUGUGGAGCGGCUUACCCGGGAGUCCUGGUACGUCGAAGCCCGCAGCUUCACUAGUGCCAUCUCCAAACCAGAGGCACUUGCAGUCAUGCAGCUGGCGCAUCAAUGCUGCUGCGGCUGUAGCUUGAACUUUGGGGCCUACUUCUUGCUUUGCUUGAAUCUGCUCCGGUGUUUCCUGUUCAUUGGUGUGGCCUGUGAUGCCGUUCUACAUAAAGAGCAAGACUUGUAUCUGCAGAUCCAGGGAAGCCUUGGUGAGAAGGUAACCCUUGCAGCCUUAAGCAUCACCGGUGCCACCUUCACCGUCUUCGCGCCGGGCUCCGCAGACCGCUCCGCAGACCUCGCGCAUGGCAUGGUGCCACCCCCUCCUGCACAACAGAGAGCUGCCGUCGAGAUGCGCAGAGCAUUCCAGGGCAGCUGCAUUGCUUCUGGCGUUGCCGUCAUCUUGGCUCAAGCUCCCGACCUUGUCCUUGUUGUCAUCAUGUCCGCACCUCCGCAGCCAGACCAAGCAGAGCCACCCGCAAAGCGGGCGAGGACCGACGGCGUUGUGGUUCCAAGCGGCAUCUGCGCGCUCCAUCACAUCGAUGACUGGUACGAGCAGAACAAGGAGCAGUUUUCCCCACCAGUUUGCAACAAACUGAUGCAUCGGGGCCAGCUGAGCAUUAUGUUCGUUGGGGGUCCCAACACCCGCAAAGACUUUCACUUGGAGGAAGGGAGCGAGUUCUUCUUCCAGCUUCGCGGGAACAUACAGCUGCCGACUGUGCAGAAAGGCAAGAGAAAGCUGGUCAAGAUCAACGAAGGUCAGGUCUUCUGCCUGCCGUCCCGCAUCCCACACUCACCGCAACGACCCGAGACUGGCUCCUUCGGGCUGGUCGUGGAAAGGCGACGAGAAGACAAGGAGAUGGAUGGUCUUAUCUACUAUGACGACUUCAGUACGUGCAACAAGGUGCGGUGGGAGAAGUUCUUCCGGUGCAAUGACCUGGGGAAGGACUUGCCGCCCGUGAUUGAGGCCUACAAAGCUUUCGAAGCAUCACCGGCUGCACAACAGCCCCAAAGCUGGAAGGAGGAGGAUCGACCUGUUUGCCAGGACAAAACCACAGAGAUCCCCGACCCCUUCUCUUUCCAGGACUUCUUGACUGCCAAUGCCGACAAGCUCGCAGCGGGGGAGUCUGUUAACCUUUUCGGUUUUGACCAUCCAGACCAGGAGUUCGAGAUAUUCGUGAUUGGAGGCCGGUCGGAGCAAACUGGUCAGAAGUCUUCGUACGAGCGCGAUCCUCAGACCCAAUCACUGGCAGCUUGCGGGGUCGAGCGGGUCAUUUGGCUAACCUUCCUGCUGAUGGUCGCUCUGAUAGAAGGAUACCUCCUCUUCGUUCUGCAGAGCUAUUGCCAGGAUGUGGUGGUACACCUUCCAAGGCAGGCAUUCGCUGACCUGUACGAGAAGUCAGAGACUCACGUCCUCAAGCGGCACUUGAAUCCCUACAACCAUCUCUAUGGUGCUCUCGGCCCCAUGGCACUGUUGCGGGACCUUUGCCAUGCUACACUGGGCUCUGCUGCUCCGAAAAGCCGCUAA